AAUUACAAAAACAAAUAAAACUCUUUUCUUUUGUUUAUGGUGUUGAGAAAAGAAAAAGUGUUCCGAUUGAAAAUUCGGACGUUUUGGAAGAUGAAGUUCGUUAUUUAUGAAAUAUUUAUUUUCCUUGUUCUUAAUAUUCAUAGUUCGCUUGCUGACAGUUACCAAAAUCGAAGAAAUCAAGAUUUAUUUCAUAAUUAUGAUUUACUAAAAUUAAUUAAGAAAUCUGCAGAACAUGUCCAUAUAUCUCAAAGUUUGAAAUCAAUUUCUGUGGAGGAUAAGGAUUUCCUAAAAGAAUUCGAAAAGUCUCUUUCGGAAUCCUUUAAACCAGAAUUCUUGUCGGAUUCGUUUUCUGAUGUUACCUCAAAUAAGUGCACUGAAGAUUUGAAAUAUCUGUAUGAAAACAUUCGGUCUCCUGGAGACUGGGCACUUAAAAUGCUGGAUUCCUAUGGCAAACCGGAGAGUGGUAUUUUAGCAGGGAACAUAAAAUGGCUUGGGGCAUAUGACGAAUGUGUUGGUAUUCAAUCUGUGUCCCAGAAAAAUGCAAGCGUGGGAAAUUUCCGUGGGAAAUACUGCACUCUCCAAAUUCCUUUAAGAUUAGAAAAUGUGUCUAUUCCUAUAUCUACAGCUGUGUGUUUACCCGAUUCUUGCAAUCCGAAUGGAACUGUCUCUAGCAUAUUACAAAAUUAUAAAAGUAAUGACUCAUUUUCGAUUUUUGAAGAAAGAUUGGAGUCAAUAUUUAGUAACGCAACAUUGAAUUGCAAAGUUCCGCCGAAGAAAUUAACUACAGGAGCCAUUGCUGUCAUAUGUCUUCUCUCCAUAUUUGCUCUUCUGACUUUGAUAGGAAGUUCCAUAACUGCACUGGAAUAUUAUUUGAAGGCUAAGCUUUCUAAGAAAUGUCAGUGUGAUUCCAGUGAUCGUGGCAAGGCGGUUAAUUCUUCUGAUGUGGAAAAUGUAUCUCAAGGGGAGACUGACGAUGUUACGCUUGUUGGUACAGAGGAGAAAAGAGUAUUGCCUGCUGGUAUAGAGAAAAGCAAGCCAUUUUUCAACUGUUUUUGUAUUUUCACCAAUGGCCAAAAAAUACUGAAUACCGCUAGUGCUGAAGGGCAGUUACCUUCCCUCCACGGCAUUCGUUUUCUGAGUAUGACCUGGGUCAUUCUCGGCCACACGUAUGCGUCUAUGUCUUCCAUUGUAAAUGAUAGUGCCGAGGCCAUCGGUUUAAUUGAUCGAUGGACAUUUCAAGUAAUUCUCAAUAGCUUCUUUUCUGUAGAUUCCUUUUUUGUUCUCAGUGGAUUCUUAAUUGGGUAUUUAUACUUUCAACAAGCCCAGAAAACCGAUGGGAAAAUUCCAUGGCUUUAUUUUUACAUCCAUCGAUAUAUAAGGCUUACGCCAGUAUAUAUGAUAGUUCUAGCGUUUUACACAACUCUUAGUCCAUUUUUGGGUUCUGGUCCCCUUUGGCCUGACUAUGAUGUCAUUGUGGAAUGCAAAAAUAACUUUUGGUGGAAUAUUCUUUAUAUCAACAAUUUCAAGUCCAUUACUUCUCAACCGUGCAUGCCAUGGUCUUGGUACCUAGCUAAUGACAUGCAGUUUUAUGUUAUCAGUCCAUUGUUCCUGAUCAGUUUGUGGAGGUGGCCAAAAAUCGGAUAUUCAUUGCUAGGACUGUUCUUUUCGAUUACAUUUGCAUGCAAUUUUGUUCUCACUUACGAAUAUGACAUAAUCGCCGGAUUUGGGAAUAAUUUACAGCUAGCCAAGGGUGCUCCGAAUUUUAUGCCCAAAAUCAACAGUUUCUUCGAUAAGAUUUAUUACAAGCCUUAUACAAGAAUAGGACCUUACUUAGUGGGACUGUUUUUGGCAUAUUAUAUAUGCAAGAGGAAAUGGAACAAGUCACCUAGUCUUAAUUGGGUAACUUUAGCGGUGGGUUGGAUCGUUGCAUCUGGCAUAACAUUGACUUGCCAGUUUGGUCUGUAUCAUUCAGAUCUCACCACAUUGGAAACAGCUUUCUACAACGCUCUCAGUCGAACCGGAUUUGCAUUAGGAUUAGGUUGGGUCAUUUUUGUGUGUGUCAUUGGACAAGGAGGAGUUGUGAACAGUAUUCUAUCAUGGAAGGCUUUGAUACCACUGAGCCGUUUAACUUACUGCGCUUAUCUUGUUCAUCCGAUUGUUAUAGUAACGUAUUUUUCAUCAGUCAGGACAUUAUCCAAUUUUAGCCAUAUUAACGCUGUCUUGCUAUAUAUAGGUAUGCUUGUUAUGUCUUAUGGCGCUGCCAUGGUAACAACUUUGUUGUUUGAAUCGCCGGUGAUAAGAUUGGAAAGACUUAUCAGAAAUAAACUAGCGUCGUGACGAAGUGUUAAAUAUUAGGAUGUGAAAUUGUGUAAAUUAAACAAUGUAGUGAAAUAUAUUGCCUCCAAGAA